UAUGUGUCAUAUUUGAAAAUUCCGCAAGUCGCUAAGAAAGAGUAAAUUUAACCAACAUGUAGUUUUCAAAGUACUCGUUCAGUAUGCCGGAAAAGAAGGAUCCCAAGGACUCGGACAAUGUGCGGGUGGUGGUAAGAUGUCGGCCUAUCAACUCCAAGGAGAAAGAUUCUGGUUGCAAGCUGACAGUCAAUAUUGAUGAGGUCCGAGGUACCGUCACAGUUCAAAAUCCCAAUGCUCCCCAGGGGGAGCCACCCAAGGUGUUCACCUUCGAUACGGUGUUUGGGAUGGAGUCGAAGCAGGUGGACGUUUACAACCAGGCGGCCAGACCCAUAGUAGACAGUGUACUAGAAGGAUAUAAUGGCACAAUCUUUGCAUAUGGUCAGACAGGCACAGGGAAGACAUUCACUAUGGAGGGUGUCCGCACAGUCCCGGAGCUCAGGGGGAUCAUCCCUAACUCGUUUGCCCACAUCUUUGGUCACAUGGCAAAGGCAGAGGGAGACACUCGAUUUUUGGUCUGUGUGUCUUAUCUGGAGAUUUAUAAUGAAGAAGUUAGAGACUUGCUAGGAAAGGAUCAGAGUGUCAGACUGGAGGUCAAAGAGAGGCCAGAUAUCGGAGUGUAUGUCAAAGAUCUGCUCCGCGUCCCAGUCCACAAUGCUGAUGAAAUGGACAGAGUCAUGACACUGGGCAACAAUCACAGAUCUGUUGGGGCCACACAGAUGAAUGCGCACAGCUCGCGUUCGCAUGCUAUAUUCUCUAUCACCAUAGAGUGCAGUGAGAAGGGUCUUGACGGUGAACAACAUGUUCGUGUGGGGAAACUGCAUCUGGUAGAUCUGGCGGGCUCUGAGAGGCAGACAAAAACUGGUGCAUCUGGCCAGAGACUGAAGGAAGCCACAAAGAUCAACCUGUCUCUUUCCACCCUGGGGAAUGUCAUCUCUGCCCUUGUGGACGGCAAAAGCACCCACAUCCCGUACAGGAACUCCAAACUGACACGGCUUUUGCAGGACUCACUCGGAGGGAACUCCAAAACAGUCAUGAUUGCUAACUGUGGUCCAGUCGAUUACAACUACGACGAGACCAUCAGCACACUGAGGUAUGCUAACAGAGCCAAGAACAUCAAGAAUAGCGCCAAGAUCAACGAGGACCCCAAAGACGCUCAACUCAGGAGACUUCAACAGGAGAUGGAGGAGCUGAAAAAACAGCUGGAGGAAGGAGAUUAUGAAGGCACUGGAGGAGGGAGUGGUGAUGAGGAGAGUGAGUCAGAGGAGGAGUCAGAGGAAGAAGAGGUGAUUGGGGAAGAUGGAGUGAAGAGAAUGGUGAAGAGGAAGAAGAAGAAAGGAAAACGUGGAAAUAAAGGAAUAUCUAAAGAAAAGAUGGCAGAAAUUGAGGCAAAAAUAGAGGCAGACAAAAAGAUCCUAGAAGAAAAGAAAGACAUGGCAGAAGAAGAGAGAAACCAAGUGAAGAAGGACUUGGAAGAGAAGGAGGCUGAAUUGAAGAAAGCAAGUGAAGAGCAGCAAGCACUUGCCCAGCGCCUCCAAGCCCUGGAGAAGAAGGUGAUUGUUGGUGGAGAAAACCUGCUGGAGAAGGCAGAGGAACAGGAACGGCUGCUGGAGGAGAGUGCCAGAGAACUGGAGGAGAGGAAGAAGAAAGAAGAUGCGCUGAAAAAGGCCAUUGAAGAGAGAGAGGCUGAGCGUCUAGACAUAGAGGAGAAGUAUUCCAGCUUACAGGAAGAGGCAGCAGGCAAGACAAAGAAACUGAAGAAGGUCUGGACAAUGCUCAUGCAGGCAAAAUCAGAGAUUGCUGAUCUUCAACAGGAACAUCAGCGAGAGAUGGAAGGACUGUUAGAAAAUGUCCGCCAACUGAGUCGCGAGUUACGACUUCAGAUGCUUAUUAUCAACAGUUUCAUUCCACCAGAGUAUCAGGAAAUGAUAGAACAGUAUGUGCACUGGAAUGAAGAUAUAGGGGAGUGGCAACUGAAGUGUGUGGCCUACACUGGAAAUAAUAUGAGGAAACAGACACCACUGCCUGAGAAGGAAAAAGAUAAACUUGCAGAUUUUGACCUCUCUCAAGUCUACCUAGCCUACUCUGCAGAGAGUGCUGAAGAGGCCAUGAGACCAAAGACUGCUGGGAAGGAUCGACCCAAGACAGGCCGACCCAAGUCUUCAAGAAAGAAGAGGAAAGAAGCAGAUAUUGAUUCCCUUCUCCAGUAGUUAGAACAAAAUAACAGGAAUUUGAC